AAGUGAACAUUAUUUCUGCCAUUUGCUUUCAACAGACGCCCCAGAUGUGCGAGGGGGACUGAACAAACGACACAGGGGAGGGUGCGACUCGAAUCCAAAUGAAACGCAGCCUUGGUUGCUACAGGUGAAAUUUUGUUUACAUCCGGGUUGUUUCGGACGAAAACAACACACAACACGCAUAGAAGCAGCUAACCCUGUGUAGUGUAGUUGCUAAGCCGAUUUGACACUACGAUGGCAGGGGAGACAGAAGACGAGAUACCUGAAACGGGAGCAGUCUUCACCUUUGGAAAAAGCAAAUUUGCAGAUAACAUCCCCAGUAAAUUUUGGCUGAAAAAUGAUGUACCUCUGAAAAUCACCUGUGGGGAUGAGCACACAGCAUUGAUAACAGAGAAUGGCAAGCUUUUCAUGUUUGGCAGUAACAACUGGGGUCAGCUGGGUUUGGGAUCAAAGACCAUGGUGAACAAGCCCACUUGUGUGAAAGCUUUGAAGUCUGAAAAGGUGCGGCUUGCAGCCUGUGGAAGAAAUCACACUAUAGUUUACACUUCUCGGGGAAACGUGUACUCUACCGGUGGAAACAACGAAGGUCAGCUAGGUCUGGGAGACUGUGAGGAGAGGACAGCCUUCCAAUUGGUGGACUUCUUCAGUUUACAUGGACCAAUCAAAAUGCUUGCUGCCGGCUCCAACACCUCUGCUGCCCUCACAGAGAGUGGGACGCUGUUCAUGUGGGGUGACAACACUGAGGGGCAGAUCGGCCUGGGGAAGGAGAGCAGUGCCCUGACCCCCCAGGAGGUCACUGUGGGUCGGCCAGUGGCCUGGGUGUCCUGUGGGUACUACCACUCUGCCUUCGUUACUGUUGACGGGGGCCUGUACACAUUUGGGGAGUGCGACAGCGGCAAACUGGGCCUGGCCACGGGUCAGCUCGAUGGACACCGCAUGCCCCAGCUGGUGAAGGGCAUCACAGACCAGGUGACCCAGGUGGCAUGUGGAGGCGGGCACACCGUAGCUGUGACAGAGGAGGACCUGUACACCUUUGGCCUGGGUCAGUUUGGUCAGCUGGGCCAGGGGACCUUCAUCUUUGAGGCGAGGCUGCCCAGAGCGGUGGAUCACUUCAGGAAGGGCCGAGUACGACAGGUGAUGUGUGGGGAGAACCACACUGCUGUCAUCACAGACAAUGGUCUUCUCUAUACCUUUGGGGACGGGAGACAUGGGAAGCUGGGUCUGGGAGAGGAAAACUUCACCAAUCAAUUCAAGCCCACUCUCUGUCCACGCUUCCUCAAGUACAACGUCCAAGCGGUGACAUGCGGAGGUUGCCACAUGCUGGUUCUAGCCAAGCCCAGAGACAAGAGCUGCCAGGAAGUGACUCUGGAGGAGAAUGAUGUCACAGAGGACUACCUGGAGAAGUCCUACACAGAGCUCUUAGGGGACACCCUCACCUCCACCCCUGCUACCCUGAACAGUAGCCUCUCUGCCCGGGUCAGGAGGAGAGAGAGGGAGCGUUCCCCGGAGCAGUUUGGGCUCAUGUUCCGGACCCUGCCCCCCCUGACGUCCGGACACCUCGAUACCUCCGCACCCCUGCCCGUGUCCAGCCAGACCAUCCCCUCCAGUCUGCCCCCCAAGGAGCUAACCAACAGAAAGGUGCACAACGGCAUUCACCAACACCGGAGCACUGGGUCUAACAAGAAGGAAAAGAGGUCAGCUGAGAAGGGAAGGGAUGAGGGAGACAGCAGCACUGUGGAGAACAUGAUGGACAACGAGAGUGUUAAAGAUCUGGGAGACACCACGGACUUCCUCAACAUGACACAUGUGAUGAAAAUGGACCCCAGUGACAAGACGUUGACGUUGUCCCCUGUACAGAAGAGGAAGGGUAAGCUUGUGAAAGGGCAUGGUAAGGCUGGGGAACAGCCAGAACUCUGUACCCCUAGGAGGGUGGAUCCCACCCCGUGGGGGGCACUGCCCACAGAGCUGCUGAGGAGCUCCAGUGACAGGUCUCUGGUGGUAGAGAAGAGACCGCGCCACAGGGCUGCCCAGGGCAAAGGCAGUGGCAAGGAGAACCUCGUUGUGGCUCUGGAGGCGAUAAAGCCUGCUGAGCUGAAGGCUGGCCCUGCCAAGCCCUCCAGCAUAGGGGACAUUAGCAAGGCCAAGUCCAAACCCUGUCCGUCCGCACAGAAAAAACAACUGUUAGCAGUUGAGAGAAAAGUGAGGGAGAGAGUUGUCGUGGAUUCUAAGGCAAUCCAAAUAAAGGGCGCAGCCAAAGGUCAAAGUGCAGAGGUCAAAAAGACUCUCUUAGAGGUCAACUCUAUAUCUACAAAGGUGAAAAGUCAACAUGUAGCUGUUAGGAGGACACCAGAUAGAAAGAGUGGCAGACAUUCACAAGGCCUUAAGCUAACUGAUGCACUGCCUGUGGACAAGACAACUGAACCAGACCUGGUGUCUGAAGUGCCACAAAAAACGAUGAAUGAAAACACAGAAAGAGAAAAGAGCAAACCAAAGACUGAACCACCUGAACAGACACCGCUGCGCAGCUUACUGACCGGAGUGUCCUCUCUGGGGUCAGGUGUGGGGCUAGUGACAGCCAGACAGUUUGGUUCUCCCUCAGACAGUGAGUCAGUCCGGAGUCAGAGCAGGGCCCAGAGGUUCAACAGACAGAGUGCUGAGGAUGCCCAGUCUUCCUGGAGCCAGUCAUCUGGAUCCAUGGCCUCCGAACCAGGAGGCAAGAGAACAGCAGUCUGCAUCAACAUCAUCCCCGCCCAGGGGAGCUCUGAUCAGGGGGUGGAGGAGGAGCAAUGCAGGUCCUACUCUGGUCCCCCAGACAACAGAGAACAGGAGGAGAGGAGAGGGGAGGAGAGUGGAGACGAGACAGGGAGCAGCGACGAUCAGACACCGGCCAAGCAGGAGAGUGAGGAUGAAGAGGAAGAGAGUGAGGGAGGGGUUGGAAUGAGGAGGGCAGAAAGUGGGGGUGGAAAAGAAGCCAAGAGUCGUGAUGAGGUGACAGAUGAGGAAAACGGUGAGAAUGAUGACACAGUGAAGGGGGAGGAUGAAGGGAUCUCUGAAUUAGAGGAGGAGAGCGAGGGAGGAGAUGAGCCAUGUAAGACUGAAACAGAUCAGGGAGACGAAAGUGAGUUAGAGGAUGCAGAGAAAGAGGAGAGUGGACUGGAGGGAGAGGAGGAGGGUGACGGGACAAGUAGCCCAGUGGGAGGAGAGGGAGAGAGUGUGGGAGAGGAGGAGGAAGAAGGGGGGGGGGGGGAGCAAGGAGGAGGAAGAGAGUGGGGAAGUAUCGCAUAGUGACACUGAGAGUAAGGAAUCCAAUUAUGAAGAGGAGGAUGAAGAAGAUGGAGAGAAAGAGGAAGAAGGUGAGGAUGAGAGUGUAGGAUCUGUAGAGGAGGAAGAUGAGAAUGAGGCAGGCAGUGGAACAGAGGCAGAGGAGGAAGGAGAGGAAGAGAGCAGUACUGCAGAGGAGAGGGAGGAAGAGGAAGAAGCUGGAGAGGAGGAGGAGGAGGAUGAAGAAGAAGAAGCCGGAGAGGCGGAGGAGAGUGAAGAUGAGGAAGAAGCUGGAGAGGAGGAGGAGGAGAGUGAAGAUGAUGAGGAAGAAGAAGAACCUGGAGAGGAGGAGGAGAGUGUAGAUGAGGAAGAAGCUGGAGAGGAGGAGGAGGAGAGUGAAGAUGAAGAAGAAGAAAAACCUGGAGAGGAGGAGGAGAGUGUAGAUGAGGAAGAAGCUGGAGAGGAGGAGAGCGAAGAUGAAGAAGAAGAAAAACCUGGAGAGGAGGAGGAGCGUGAAGGUGAGGAAGAAGAAGGAAAAGAGGAGGAGAAAGAAGAAAAUGAAGCCAGAGAGGAGGAGGAGGAGGAGGAGAGUAAACAGGAGGAGGAGGAAGAAGAGGUGGUUGACAAAGGAAAAGCUAAUGAAGGCCAGGAGAGUCAUCAGAAUGCUGCGGCCAGAGGUAACAGGUCCAAACAGAGGUCAGGGAAAGGGGAAGAGUUCUGGGACAAUGUUUUACCUCAGUACCUCAAUCUCAAAUGAUAGCCCUAUCUGUUCUGUUCCAAACCAGUGCUGUCUGUCAACUUCUCUCAGGAACACUCUUAAUUGAGCAUUUUAAUGCCUUUUUACAACCCAUACCUUUUUGUAUAACUAGAUUUUGUAUAACGACUUCCAUUUUGUUUUACUGUAUAUCAACUGCCUUUACAGUCUCACUGUUUUUAUUCACAACUUCCAUUUAGUUUUACUUUAUCAACUGCUUUUACAGUCUCACUGUUUUUAUUCACGACUUCCAUUUUGUUUUACUUUAUCAACUGCCUUUACAGUCUCACUGUUUUUAUUCACGACUUCCAUUUUGUUUUACUUUAUCAACUGCCUUUACAGUCUCACUGUUUUUAUUCACAACUUCCAUUUUGUUUUACUUUAUCAACUGCCUUUACAGUCUCACUGUUUUUAUUCACGACUUCCAUUUUGUUUUACUUUAUCAACUCAAUGUCCACAGCCUUGUCUUUCAAUCUCCUUGUAUAGUCCUUUACCAUUUUACAUGGCAGUUAAGAUUUGAUGCUAAAAUGCUUUUU